GUAUACAAUUACUUCCCUGUGUAAGGCAAAGAACGUCAAUACAUAGUAUUUGUGUAAGGUUCUGUCUCGUUUAAAGAUAAUUUAAAACCAGCAUGGGGGAGUGCAGCAUUAAUGACAGACUUAAAAAGUUUGAAGAGUUAAAGUUCCGUAGAAAAGAAUCUAGGAAACUUAAUCGUGAAGAAGUGGAAGAAGAAGAUCGACGUCUUAAACUACCACCUAAUUACGAAAAAAAAAAUAAAUGGGAACAGUAUUUUAUUGAAGAAGAAGAAAAGAAACAAGAAGCUGCAGCUAAAGGCGAAGAUUAUAAAAGAACUAAAUUAUUAAAUGUUACUGCAGAGGAUGCUGCUAAGUGGGAACGUUUAAAGAAAAAGAAAAACCCUGAUCCUGGCUUUUCAAGUUAUGAAGAUGCAGCUGUUCGACAGUACGAAAGACUGACCAAGAAAAUGAAACCAGAUAUGGCUACAUAUAUGAAACAAAAGGAACAGAUGGGGGAAGCAUUCUAUCCUACGAAAGAUACGAUCAUCAUUGGUUUACAUCAAGAUAGCAAAGAGAGCAUUGAUAAUAUGGUGGAAGAUUUGGAAAAGCAGAUUGACAAGCAUUCUAAAUUCAGUAGAAGACGACGUUAUAAUGACGAUGCCGAUAUUAAUUACAUUAAUGAACGAAACAUGAAAUUCAACAAAAAGUUGGAGCGAUUUUACGGUCAGUACACUGCAGAAAUUAAGCAAAAUCUGGAGCGAGGUACUGCAAUUUAAUGUUUCACAUCAUUGUAGCAAGGUGUAAGAUAACCACUAAGUAUUGCAUUGUAUGUUAGGUACGCUAUUGGGACAUGUUUAUUGCUUUAUGUAACUAAGGUAAAUAUUAUCACGAUUUCUUGGUAUUUACCACUUCGUAAUAGUGUUCAUAAGAAUUAUCUUCUAAAUAUUUUGUCACAAAGUGCAUUUUCUUGUAUUAAAAAUAUAUGUUUUGUAUUCAUGAUUUAUUUCUGUUACAUUAUUGAUAUGAAGAAUGUGAAUUGAUAAAAUUACUCGGAUAAUCAUUUUAUGUACAGAUAACUAGAUAUAUUGUUACUGUCGUUUUGAAUUAUUAGAAAAAGGAGUUGGAUUAAAAAUUUAAACUAUCACUUGAGUUUGCAGUACAAGAAUGCAUUUAGUAAACUGUGAAAUUUAUAUUGUGCAUGAGGAAUUUAUUCUAUAUGUAUUUUUAUUUUUCUAGUUGAUGUAAAUUUCACUUUCAUCAAAAAUAUUAAAUUAUCUGAAUCAUUAGUUCUGCUGAUUAAAUACUUAAAAAUUAUACCUAAAAUAUUAUAAUUUAAAUAAUUAACUCACAAUGCCUUAAUAUAUAGAAAUUAUUUGAGACUAACAUGUGAAUGUCAUUUACUUCUGUGGACUUUUAAAUAUUUUAUAUUUUUAAUUAAGAAUUUGUACAGUAAUUUCAAGAAAGAACUUUUUGUAGAAUGAAAAUAAAAUAUCGCCCUAAAUAAUGUA